CCGUCGUGGUACGUCUCGCCAAAGGACAUCACCGAUCGCUCAGCCAACCCCAUCGGCCGUGGUGGGUUUGGUGAGGUGUACACUGGAUCGUACUACGGCUCCAAAGUCGCCAUCAAGCAGCUUAUGGGCACAUACAACAAGAGAGAGCUUGUCGAGUACCAUCAUGAAAUCAACAUCUGGCACAAGCUCAGCCAUCCCCAUAUUCUCCCCCUGCUUGGUGCCUGCGACAAGGACGAAAGCGGCAACCAAAUUUCGCCGUUUAUGAUCUCGCCGUUCAUGCCCAACGGCACUCUCCGCGAUUUUGUCUCC